AUGACGACGAGAUUCCUCUUCUCAGUGAUUCCAUCAGAACUUUACUGGCGAGACCAGACUAUUGAUGGCCUGCUUUCCGCGCUGAGCGAUGACCUGCAGCAGCUUUAUGAGACUGGGCUGAGUGUCGAUCACAAGUCAAAGCGGCUUACCUUUCGACUGGUCCUCAUUGGGGUCAAAGGUGAUUGGCCAUUUUUGCGGAAGGAAUGGUACGAUGUCUCCCGAAGCACUAUGGAAAGGGCACAUGAAGAUGCCAAUGAGGAUCCGUUCAAGACUGGGGAUCCUUCACCGUUGCGACGACUGGCUACCAUAGCAGACGAUGCUGCUACGAUUCGGGUGGAUCCUGCGCACACGUAUGCCAUCCAAGGGUGGGGGAAAGAUUUAUGCUCCAGCUCACUGCUAUUGUUGGUGCGGUUCAAGGUGUUGCCAGGCAGGUCCUUGGAGGCAGCCCUUGACUUUGGCUAUGAAUUGUUUCGACAGUAUUGCAGCGAUCAUGGGAAAACUACUUCGAUCACACAUUUCAACAAGCAGACCCUGAAGAUAGACUCGUUGUUUGGCGGUUAA